GACUGGUUUCACAGAGACUCACAUGGCUGUGAGCCACUUACACUUCUGCUCUGACAGAGUAUAAGGGUGAAUCUGCAAUAUAAGAGAAAAGUCAGGGAGGGGUUGUAACGUAUAUAUAAUUUUUGGCAUGGUGAAUGCAUUUUAUAAGAGGGAUUGGUUUUAUUUUCAUAGAUCUUAUAUUCAAUCUUUAUGGAUAACGGGACUGGUGUUUUAACUCACUUACUUAAUCUAUGUUUUGAGAUGAAUCUGCUUAGUUACAAAUCAACAACUCCUGCUGUGUGUGUCAUAUUGUAUGUUUUCCUGACACUUUUGUCUCUUGUCACAGUAUGUGGAAACCUCCUUGUAAUAAUUUCUAUAUUUUACUUCAAGCAGCUCCACACUCCCACCAACACUCUGAUUCAGUCUCUGGCUGUAGCUGACCUGUUGGUUGGUGUUCUUGCUUUUCCAUUAACAAUGUCAUUCACUUUUAGCUUAUGUUUUUAUGACAAUAACAUGUUUUGUAAGAUAAAAAACAGCUUUGAUGUAUUGCUCAACACAUGCUCUAUUUUGCACUUGUGUUGCAUUUCAGUUGAUAGGUAUUAUGCAGUGUGUCAGCCUCUCGCAUAUAGAUCUAAAAUCAGCCUCCAUGUUGUGAUCAUCAUGAUCGGUGUAAGCUGGGGUGUUUCAGUUGUUACUGCAAUUGUAGUAAUAAUUUCUAGAUUGGACACAGAAGAAUGUGUGGAUGCAUGUUUUAUUGAUAUUAUGAUGACAAACAUUGUGGGACCUUUAAUAUCCUUUUACCUUCCAGUGGUCAUAAUGCUUUGCAUCUACCUGAAGAUAUUUGUUGUUGCACAGAGACAGGCACGGAGCAUCCAAACCAGGACAAACUCUGGAGCAACUGUCAGUAAGAUGGAGAGAAAAGCCACCAAAACUCUGGCAAUUGUCUUGGGCGCGUUUCUGUUUUGCUGGGCUCCUUUUUUUCUUUCCCUCACAUUUUUACCUUUUACUAACAGUUUUGUUGUGGUUCCAGUGAUAGAAUCAGCUGGUUGGUUUGCACUGAUCAAUUCAACUCUAAAUCCGUUUAUUUAUGCUUUCUUCUACACCUGGUUCAGGUCAGCUGUUAAAAUGAUACUUUCUGGGAAAAUAUUCUUUGGCAACUAUGGUAACUUAAAGUUAAACUAA